AUCAAAACAUACCAAGAAGCGUGCAUCUCUAGUCGAUUAGUUUCGCUAAACUAGAAAUUAAAUAUUUCUACACAUUUAUUAGCCAUGGAAGAAAACGUGUGUGAUUUAGAAGCAAAAUUAAGUCAUGCUCGUCAGUCAUUGACAACUUUAAAUGAUAACAUUCGACGAUUUGUUGGUCGUGGUCUUAAGGAUUCCAGAGUGGACAGAUAUAAUCCUGACAGCGGAACUUCUAAGAGAAAUGAAUCAAACUACGACCGAAAUGUGCCACGCAAGGAUAUUACUUUGAGGACAAAUAGGCGGAUACACGAUUCAAAAAUCGUAGUAAAUCGACCCUCUAAAGAAGAGGAUGAAGAUGCGUCAAUAUGGCUGCCAACCCCAAGAAUAAAUUCACGGGUAAUUCGGGAAUUACCUUCUAGAGAAGAGAUUGUUGAAGCUCAAGGCAUUGAUUCAGAAUCAAGAGCUCGAAAUCGACGUAUGUUUGGUUCGCUCUUGGGUACAUUACAAAAAUUCUGUCAAGAGGAAUCAAGAUUACGAAAAACCGAAGAUAAGAAGGCACAGAUUGAAAAGAAGUUGGAGAAACAACAAUUACAAGAAAGAGAACUAUUGCAAAAGGAACGCAAUUCAUUAUAUUUAGAUAGGAAGCGCAAACAACUUGAAAUCAAAUGUCUUGAAAAUAAAAUGGCUAGAGUAAAGGAUUUCAAAACUUGGGAGCACUCAAUGAACAAUCAAAAAAACCAAAUACAAACCAAAAGCAAGCCGCAUCUACUCUUUCAACCCAGAUUAAACACACCGCACACCGAACAGUUAAUUUUAAAACGAAAAAUCGAACUGGAUUCCCUAAUUGAGCGACGCCGCGUAAACUUGCAAGCUGAUCUAAGAGAAAUCGAAUACACUAAUAAUAUGGAGGAAGACGAGUACGGAUUAGAUGACAGCAGCAACAGCAACUUUUACGAUGCAGGCAAACAAGUAAAUGAAUCGAAUAUAAAAACGCUGCUGGCUGACAAUUCUGAAAAAUCAAAUCACAAUUGGUUGACGCUUGAAGAAUGAUGUGCAAAUUAUUCGUUUUUCUUAGUAUUGCGAUUAUUAGUUAAUGCCGAUAUGUGCUUAACUUUUUUCGAUGUCGCUAGACUUAUAUUUUAAAAAUAGAAUAAAAGUUAAGUUGGACCAAAGUAAAUUUAAUAUUCUUUAAUUCAUUUUGCAUACCUCAAGGCCCUUUUAACUAUUCAUGUGUAGAGUAGCAAGUAGCUGUGAAUAUGUACAUGUUUGUGACGUAUCGAAUUCCGUUAUUCUAUGGAGUUCCCAAUUCUCUAAAAACUGUUGUGUUCGAUAGUAUUACUUAUUCUGAGUAAAAUUUCUGCUAAAAUUAAUUGUAGAACGUCAAAAUCACAAGUAACCGCCAAACCUUAGCACAUAAUAUAAGUACAUACAUACAUAUGUAUAUUCAAGUCGGUGUAAUA